AUGUGGUUUGGCUCCGCUCUGGCGUUUCUUCCAGCGUUGUGGCUGGGGCGGAGCAGCGGAAUGAGGGCGCCUUCGCAAAAUCCUGCGCAUCCUGAGCUUCGCGACGCAUAUCGCGUGGAGGACCUUGAAAGCCGAGAAGCCACAGAUCACUGGUGGCUCCCCUUCGUUGCUGGAGUCGUCGUGGGAGGUGUCACCUCCCUGGGCCCGGCACUGGGCGUUCCCGCCGCGCGGGCGGCCGACUUGGUGAACGGGGAGGCCAUCUUUGAUGCUCGGCGAGCCAUCCGGAACUGGGCAGUUCCACGUUAG